UUAGUCAAGAAGAAUAUUAAGAAAACAAUCUCAUAAACCCUAUUCUCCCAAUCCUCUCAAUUCUCGUUCCCAAUCCCUCUAAAGGUCUAGGCUGAUUUUCUAAUCUUUCUCUUCUCAAAAUUCUAAUUCUGUUCUUUAAUCCCUAAAUCCCAAUUCCAUAAUCCGAUCGAUAUAAUCCUAAAAACAGGUUCUAUCAUUUGGUAUCAAAGCCAUGGUCGAAAAUCGGAGUUCAUCACGACUCCCACCCGGGGACCUUUAUCGCGUGCUGCACGAGUGCUUUGCAAGCUGGAAGCCCUCAUGAUCAAACAAGAGGCAGAUUGGGAGCGGCGGGACGCAGAAUUCACACGAAUCCUAGCCGUGAUUAGCUUAAGGGCCACCGCCGUUGAAUCACCACCUGCGGCUGCAACAUCUACUGUCUACGACGAGAAGGCAGACCAAACGACCGUAGGGGUGCUGAUGGCGGAUUCGACGGCCACAAAAAACACGCCAGCGCCACCAACCACUGUCGUCGUGAAGGCCGAGAAAGCAGCGACAAUAGCGGUUGUUGUUCCUGUGACAUCCCCAUCAUCGCUAGUCAUUCCUCAACCGGUCGAGAUGAAGACGGAGGACGAGAAGCCUCUGGUGGCAAAGCCGCCGACCACAAAAGAAAUCCAAACACCACCAAAAGUCGUUGCUAGCUCUCUCAAGGAGAAAAAGCAGAACACGGCUGCCGAGGCUACUUUAACGGACGGGAUCAAGAAAGAAGAAGACCCGGUUGCUGAGAUCUUGGACAAACAGUCGCUGUUUCAGGCAAUGAAUGCCAAGCUCGAACACAUCUCAUCACCAGCGGCAACGGCCACCGUAGGUGCGCUAUCCAAGAUCACAACUCCCUGGAUUGGAGUGGGGGAGGGUUGCAAGGCCGCCAAAGCCACAAUAGCUGCUGAGGAAGAAGGAGAAGACCUUGACGCUGACUCUGGAAAUGAGAGGGCUUUCACCACUAAAGAAGAAACCCGAGCCGAGGGUUCGGGAAAGAGAUCAAAAUCGGGUCAAGAGGCGAGCUGGCUAUUUCGGAGGAAGAAGGAACAGAGACACGAUGACGAAGAACAGGUGACCACCGAGUCGCCACUGAUCACGUCGCCGACCGUCAAUCAGGCAAGGGCAGUCGAGCCCCAAUUCAUUUUCGUCGAUGAACAGCCACUCAGCAUCGCUGUCGCGUCGCGGCGGAUAGCAUCGAAAUCGAGAGAUCCAAUCGCGGCGCGGAAGAAGGGACUGAAGGUGGAGUUAGGAGAUGCGUCGUCAGUCGAGGAGGUGCAACCGAAGACAAGGUCAACUCCGAUGCAGGAAUCGUCGGACAAAGUGAUGAAGACAUAGCUGUGGGCGAAGGAGAUGGGGGAUGGCGGCUGGUCUCCUCUGGGCAAACCCUCACAGCGGCCAAAGCAACAGAGCUGGGCCUGGGUGGGCCGAGCCGAUCAUGCGCCGAGAGUCGAGGUUCAGUGGGCCGAGGAGGAGCAUUUUCGUGGGCUUAGUUUUCAGGAAAGAAUUGGACUUAGAAUGGGUUGUCCUUUUAAAGAGAAUGGACUUGGAGGAAAAGAAUGAUGGAUUUAAGGAGUUGACAGAUGGGCUUGCAGAGCAUGGCCCAACAAUAAGUGGAGAAACAAUUAAUGGGCUGCCUACUAAAGGAUGAGUUGGUUCUUAAGGAUAAGUUCUUGUGCCAUAAAGCACAUGCGGAUUCCUUAAGCUACUGGAUCGUGGUACCAACGAAAGAGGAGUUGUUGGGAAAUGAAGCAAAGUGUGGAUCCUUGAAGUCAAUGUUCCUUGACCGAUUCGCAAGAAUAAUCACAAGAUCGACGGUGUGAGUCCUCAUACCAGAUUGGAAGAAAUGGAAGCGCACGACGCGGAGGAGACGACACCUGGCUGGAACGAGAAGAGUUGAGUAGCGAGAUAAGUUGGUCAACCUUGAGGACAAGCUUGGUCUCAAGGGGAAGGGGAUGAUAGAAACCUACUUUCCACGGGUUUCUAUUAUGAUUACCAUAUUCACGUUAGAGAUAAUUAUUAGAAUAAAUCAUUGCUUGGAGGUUAAGUUUAGGAUUAUUGUUAGGUUUUCUAUCUUUUCCUAUAUAAGUGUACUUGGGAGUUUCAUUAUAAUUACUCAAGAAGAAUAUUAAGAAAACAAUAUCCUAAACCCUAUUCUCCCAAUCCUCUCAAUUCUCGUUCCCAAUCCCUCUAAAGGUCUAGGCUGAUUCUCUAUCUUUCUCUUCUCAAAACCUUAAUUCUAUUCAUUAAUCCCUAAAUCCCAAUUCCAUAAUCCGAUCGAUAGAAUCCUAAAAACAGGUUCUAUCACUAAUCUUGUAUGUGGUUAAGAAAUGUUGUAUUUUUAUUGAUUUCACAAUUUAAUAGGUAUGUUAGUGUUAAAAUUACAGAGUUGUAUGUUGAAUUCUAUGUAUAAUAAUGUUGAAUGCACAUGGUGGAUAUUACUAAUGGAUGCCUGCAAAUUGUGGAAAUGUGGAUAGGAUUGCAAUACCUUCUUCAGCAAGAGUAUAGUGCGGAUAUGAGUUUUGGGUAUUUAACAAUAAGAAUGAGAAUGAUUUAGAGAAAUCCAUCUCAUACUUGCACCGUUGCCAUCCUAGCCCAAACAAAUUGUCAACAUAGGUCACUUGCAGCUAGCUAGCAAAUUGAAGCAUCCCAAAAGCCGCAAAGUACAUAUCUCCGGCAACACUAAACUUAGAGCAGCACAGGUUGACCCAAACACGCCUAAUCAGUACCACCACUCCAGGCUAGUACAAUCCAUCAUACUCCAAUCUGAUAAAUGUCGAAAAACCAAUCUUAUCAUAAGGAGUAUAAACCGGUAUAGUUGGUACCUCAUAUACAAAAAGAUUAGAAGUACUAAUCAUAAUAAUACACUAAACCACUUAUCCAAAAUAGAAUAUAUUACUAUUACAAAUGAAAGUAACUUAAAAAUUAAGACAUACACUAUCAAUUUUAUUAAUCCAAAUUGAAAAAGUUAAAAAGGCUAAUGAUUCUCAAGUAGUGAGAGGAAUGGCAUUAAAGGAUGAUUGAGGCCAGCUCCAUAACCCAUACUAGUCUCCGGUCCGGCCAGUUGGCCGGAUUCAGUCGCCUAUCACGUAAACAACAUUAUCAAAAUUGUAUGUUAGAUAUGCAAGUGUUGAUAUCAUAAGAAAAUUUAAAUUAUUCA